AUGUACUACAAUGGAGUCUACCAUUUGUUCUACCAAUACAACCCAUACUCUUCAGUAUGGGGAAACAUCUCGUGGGCCCACUCCAUAUCGUACGACCUCAUCGACUGGAUCCAUCUCGACCAAGCCAUCACGCCAUCCGAGCCGUACGAUAUCAAUGGCUGCUGGUCGGGCUCGGUCACCCUCUUACCAGGCCCCGACCGCAAAAAGCCCGCCAUUCUCUACACGGGCGACAACUCGUUGGGCCAACAGGUCCAAAACCUCGCUAUUCCCGUAAAUUUAUCCGACCCCUUUCUCGAAAAAUGGAUGAAAUCGCCAAACAAUCCCUUAAUCAUCCCCACAGGUGGCAUCGACCCGAAAUUCUUCCGGGACCCGACGACCGCAUGGCGUGGCCCGGACAGCGACACGUGGCGUGUCGCGGUUGGAAGUCGGUUAGACGAACAUAGAGGGGCGGCUAUUUUGUACAGAAGUAAAGAUUUUGUCGUGUGGGAAAGGACCAAAGUGCCCCUGCACUCGUCGAACAGGACGGGGAUGUGGGAGUGUCCCGAUUUUUACCCGGUUAGCGUUGGUGGGGAAAACGGGCUCGACUCGUCUGAUGAUGAAGAAGAGAGUGUUGUUAGGCACGUCUUGAAGGCGAGCUUUGGUGAUCGUGAUUAUUACGUUAUCGGGAGUUACGAUUCGAAAAACGAUUGGUUUCGUGUCGAUGUUGAUUUUAUGGACGAGAGGGUUGAGUUGAGGUACCGAUAUGAUUAUGGCGUGUUUUACGCGUCCAAGUCGUUUUUCGAUGGAGGUAAAAAUCGGAGGGUGUUGUGGGGUUGGGUGACUGAAGCUGAUAGUGAAGCUGAUGAUGUUAGUAAAGGAUGGUCUGGUCUUCAGUCGAUCCCAAGAACUGUUUUGCUUGAUAAAAGCGGAAAGCAAUUGAUACAAUGGCCAGUCCAAGAACUCGAAAAGCUUCGUGGUGAAAACGUUAGUUUGGCGAAUAAAGAGAUUAAAGCUGAAGAAAUAUUACAUCUACCAGGAAUAACAGCUUCACAGGCAAGUGCUGAUGUAGAGGUUUCGUUUCGAAUACCACAUUUGAAAGGCAUCGAGUUAAUUGACGAUCCACUAGUCGAUCCUCAACUUUUAUGUGUUCGGAUGAAUGCAUCAGUUAACGGUGUUUUUGGGCCUUUUGGUUUGUUAGUAUUGGCCUCAAAGGACUUGACAGAACAAACUGCCGUGUUUUUUCGGAUAUUUAAACUUAGAAGUAACGGUAAAUAUGUAGUGCUCAUGUGCAGUGAUCAGAGCAGGUCUUCAUUGAAAACACAUGUCAAAGAAGCCUUCUUUGGGUCAUAUCUUGAUGUGGAUCCUAAUCAAGAAAUCUCAUUAAGGACCCUGGACCUCUACCGAAACAUCCUACGUGGAAAAUCUCAGCAAGGCGACUUACUCUCGGGCCCGACCUCCAACUUCCUAGCCGGGUCCCUCGCUGGCUGCACGACCCUCAUCAUCAUCUACCCGCUCGACAUAGCCCACACCCGCCUGGCGGCAGAUCUCGGUCGACCCGAGACCCGUCAAUUCCAAGGCAUUCGCCACUUCCUAACGACCGUCUAUAAAAAAGACGGGGCCCGGGGAAUCUACAGGGGCCUCCCUGCCUCACUCCACGGCAUGGUGGUCCACCGAGGCCUCUACUUUGGAGGGUUCGACACGGUCAAGGAGAUGAUGACGAUGUCAUCACAAUCGGGCCCGGAUGCCGACGUGGCGCUCUGGAAGAGGUGGGUCGCGGCCCAGGCGGUGACGACUGCUUCGGGCCUGGUCUCGUAUCCGUUAGACACAGUGAGGAGGCGGAUGAUGAUGCAAUCGGGCCUGGCGAGGCCCAUGUACGGGGGCACGCUCGAUUGUUGGAGGAAGAUAUAUAGGAUGGAAGGGCUCGGCUCGUUUUAUCGUGGGGCCCUCUCGAAUGUGUUCAGGAGUACGGGGGCUGCCGCGGUUUUGGUUUUGUAUGAUGAGAUCAAGAAGCUCAUGAACUGGACUGGGUUGUAG